AUGAUACUUGGUGCCCAGAUCUUUGAAGCAGUGGGUCUGCAUGAGGAGGUUAUCAAGAAAUGCUUCGAGGGUACUGCCUCCAGGAUAGGGGGAGCCACCUUCAGGGUGUUGGCCCAAGAGGUACUGAACAGACAUGCAUAUGCCUACAGCAGGAAGGAAGGCGAUAAUUUCAUCAUCACCAACCCAGGUUUUUAUCACUGGAGACAGGGAGGAGAAAAACAUAUGAAUGAUCCCACCACCAUUGCUAACCUACAGGAUGCAGCUCGUAACAAUAACAAGUCUGCCUACAGCAAGUUUGUAGAGUCAGCCACUGAGUCCACCAGGUGGUGCACCCUGAGAGGCCAGUUGGACAUGAGAGUGUCCAAGCAGCAGGUGGACAUCAGUGAGGUGGAGCCAGCGGCCAAUAUUGUCAAGAGAUUUGUCACAGGUGCCAUGAGUUUUGGUAGUAUCUCUCUGGAGGCCCACAGCACGCUUGCUAUUGCCAUGAACCGUCUGGGUGGCAAAUCCAACACAGGAGAGGGAGGGGAGAGCCCUGAGAGAUACCUCAAUGAGGACCCCCAAAAUAAUACCAGAUCAGCCAUCAAACAGGUGGAAGGAAAGUACGGAAACAGAAGGGCAACGUGCAGGCACAGACAGGGGACAAUCGCUCUCUCUCUUGCUGCCUAGGUGGGAGUGAGUUGAGUGGAAGCUCACCACUUCAAAACACACGCAGACAACAUAGUUAAGCAAGCACCUAGUCACCCUGCAUGAGACUCCUUAAAUUUUACAGAGUACUGUGAUUCUAGAAUGGUUUAUUCAGUACCCUAUUAAGUUAGGCCCUUUUUACAUCAAGCUGUAUACUUUAGUGGUACAGCUGUGCUAGUACACUUUGAUAGGUCCCAACAUGAAAUUAUGCUGCAGGGGAGGGCUUCCUUCUGCAAGAUCACAUCCUACUGUUUGGACAGGGGUUGAUUGACUGUCUGUCAAAAAGAGGGGCUCUGUUUAGGUGACUCUUAAACCUAUAAUAGACAGGCUAUUAAGUUGUCAAUCCCUCAGAGUGUACUGGCAAAGCUGUAUUGCUGAAGUAACUGUAAAGCUCUGUGAAAAGGGCCUUAGAGUCUUAAGUGUCUUAUAAGCUGCCCCCUGAAUAUACUAAUGAUAAUCAUAAAAUGAAAGUAGUUGUGCAAAAUUUAAAAAAAUAAUAAUAAUCUAGAUGUCAAUCUGAUUCACUUAAUUUAUUUUUAUUUUAAAUUAAGUAAGGAGUCUUAAAGUUGUUUUACCCAAUAUGUCUUGU